AUGUGUAGCAAUCGCUGCUCGGUUUUUAUCCUGGUGCUGCUGGUCGCCAGCAGUGCGGUGAAAGUGUCCGGAAGAUUGCCUCGAAUCCUGCCGGAAUCCUUAGCCGAAGGCGAUGAAGGUGUACCAGUGCGCGGAGAUUGUGAAUUUAAGGUGAACAGCGAUCUAAACGAUCCCGCUCCUCUCUUUUCGCGACACAAUUCCUACGAAAUCAUAGUGCCAGAUCCCACGGAUACAGUGCGGCUUGUGAAUGGCGAACUGUUGGAUAUGUUCUGCCCGGGAGUAGGAUUUGCCGCUCCAUUCGCAAAUCGAUCGCAGGUGACAGCCACGUGUCUGCAGAACAAGUACUUCUUGGUUGAUGGUCUUAUCUAUCCGUUUGCCAACUUUUCCUGCACCGCCUGGCCCAUAUUCACUGCCCUUCGCUCGGGUAGGGAUUGCAAUGGAGGCACAGAUCUCGUCCAGGUGGGCUUCGAGGUGGAGGAUGGCGGCUUCCUGCAGAGCUACGAACUGUGCCACGAUGCCGAGGCGGAGGCCACGCGAUAUGUUCACCAUGUGCUCUAUCCAUCGAGCUACGAUUAUCAGCAUGGAGUGGCGCGACCCAGCUUUAUCGAACUCGAUUUCUAUGGCGGAAGGGAUGUGAAUACCAAGUACACUCAAGUACAGCAGAACAUCACUAUCAGUAACAUACUCGGUCUGGAUGCCUCACCUUACUUCAACUUUACUGACAAUCGCAUCCUGGCCCGGGGACACAUGAUCGCCAAAACGGAUCAGAUCUUUGGGGCGGCUCAGCACUCGACGUUCCUGUUCAUCAAUGUGGCGCCCCAAUGGCAGACCUUCAACGGAGGCAACUGGGAGAGGGUGGAGACUAGUGUUCGCAAGUUUGUGGCCGAUCGCAAUCUCACCACCGAUUGUUAUACAGGCACAUGGGGCGUUUCAACACUUCCCGAUGUGGACGGCAUUGAGAGGGAGCUCUAUCUGGACUUUGAUGAGAACAACAAUGGCUUGAUCCCAGUGCCCAAGAUCUAUUACCGUGUGGUCAUCGAUCGGGUGACUCGCGAGGGCAUUGUGCUAGUUGGCAUUAACAAUCCCUAUCUAACGCUGGAGCAAAUCCAAAAGGACUACAUUCUGUGCAACGAUAUUGGCCAUCAGCUGAGUUGGCUGACUUGGUACAAGGAAGAUCUGCACGAGGGUUACUCUUAUGCUUGUACGGUGGAGGAUUUCACCGAAGUGGUUAAGGACUUGCCGCUGGAGGACCUGCACACUAAUGGAGUCCUUGGCUUGGAUGACGUGACCACUGAUGCGCCCUCGACCACCGAGAGUUCCACAACUACUGAAGAGCCGAGCUCAACUACGAGCACCGAAGUCCCAUCAACCACUGAUCCUGUGACCACACCCAGUUCCAGUACCGCAGAGCCAAGCUCAACUACUGCUUCAUCCACCACUGAAGCACCCACCUCUAUAGUUACUCCCACAACAGAAGCAAGCUCUUCUACUGCUUCACCCACCACUGAUGCACCUACCUCCACAGUUACACCCACAACAGAACCAAGCUCGUCCACCACCCUGGCACCUACUUCAACUACAUCAUCCUCCACCACAUCGGAACCAACUUCAUCAACCGAAGAAUCUACAUCAACAUCAUCAACGUCUACCACAACUUCAAGUCCUCCAGUGACUACUGCCAGUCCCAUUGCCAAUCCCUGUCGGUUUAGUACCAAUGGUGAUCUCAAGGACCCUGCUCCACUGCUAACACCACAAGGAGCUCUCAGCUGGCUGCUUCCCGAUGAAAGUGGGUUCUACACCGUGGAAGAAGGAUCUUCCAUUGAUCUGCACUGCACUGGAGCUCUGGUAUCACCAUUUAAUAGGUAUACAGCACUGACCGCUCGUUGUGUUGGUGAUCAAUUGUAUGAGGCGGAAGGACAGCGGGUCAAUAUCCGAGGAUUCGUCUGCCAGAGUUGGCCCACCUAUGCGGCAGUCCGAUCGGGAGAGUCCUGCGAAGGUGGUACGGAUCUGGUGCAGAUCGGCUUCGAUGUGGCUGCCGGUUUUCUUAGCCAUGUUGAGCUUUGCUACGAUCAGCAGGAGCAGAUCUCCAGGUACGCUCGAUACGAACUGACUCCGGCCAAUGUGGCUUUCCAAAAGGGUGUGGCUCAACCGGGUUAUCUCCGAGGUGAUUUCUAUACCGGCGAAGAUGUCAAUGUUCUUUAUGGUCAGUCCCACCAGCUGGAUGCAUUUACUACUGCCCUGGGAUUGGAUGCCAGUCAGUACUUCGACAGCACUAAGGAUCUCUACUUGACCAGAGGACAGCUGGCUGCUCGUCUUGAUUUCGUGCAUAGUUCUGCGCAGAGAGCCACGCACUUCUAUAUCAACGCAGUUCCUCAAUGGAGAAGCAUCAAUAUUGGCAACUGGCUUGCCGUGGAAUCCAGUUUGAGGCAAUUUGUGGCGGAUGAGGCACUAAAUGUGAGUGUACAUGCCGGCAGCUAUGAUGUUUCAACUCUACCCAAUUCACAAGGUGUCCAGACACCUCUGUAUCUGAAUGCCGAGACCAAACAACUGCCGGUAGCUAAGAUCCUCUAUCGCAUAGUUAUCGAUCAGGAAAGUCGCAAGGGAGUGGCUUUAGUUGUGGUUAACAAUCCACAUAUAACUCUGGCGGAGACCCUGGAGGAUUAUGUGAUCUGUGAGGAUGUGGGAGCGCAGCUGGAUUGGUUGGACUGGGACAAGGCCAAUCUGCAGAAUGGCUACUCAUAUGCGUGCUCUGUAGAAGAUUUCAUCCAAGUGGUAAAGGACUUGCCUACGGACCAACUACAAACAACGGGAAUUCUUGGCUUGAAUAGUCAAAUUUUGGAAAACGAAGUGUGCGGCUUUCAAGUGAACGGUGAUCUUAAGGAUCCGGCUCCUGUGUUUGCAGUCAGAAGCGAAUUGGGACAUGCGAGAUAUUUGGAACCAGACCAUGAGGGAAUAGUUCAGCUAAAACAUGGAGAGGCCCUGGAGUUUCACUGCAUCAAGUCCUUCAGUGGACUCUUCUCGGGUUACACCUUCGUGAAUGCAACAUGCUGGCAGCAUCAGAGCUUCCUCGCAAUGGGCAGUUUGUAUCAGCUGCAGGACUUUGUCUGCACAUCCUGGCCAACAUACACGGCUCGUCGCUCUGGUCGUCCUUGCAAUGGUGGCACUGAUCUGCUUGAAGUGGGAUUCCAGCUCUCCUCCUCCUCGAGUGAUGACUUCCUGCAGACCUAUGACGUGUGUCACGAUGAACUGGGCGAGGUCACCCGCUAUGUGCAUCAUGUUUUGUAUCCCGGGAGUGACCAAUACCAGCGAUCUGUAUCCAGGCCGAGCUUCAAAACUGCCGACUUUUACGGCGGCAAGGAUGUGAACACUUUGUACACCCAAGUUCAGCAGAAUAUAACGAUUUCCGAGAUUCUGGGCAUGGAUGCCUCGCCCUACUUUAACACCAGCAGUAAUGUCUACCUGGCUCGGGGUCACCUUUCUGCCAAGACCGACUUCGUCUUUGGGGCCGCUCAACAGGCGAGCUUCUUCUUUGUGAACGUGGCACCGCAGUGGCAGACCUUCAAUGGCGGCAACUGGGAACGAAUUGAGGAUAGUGUGCGGAAGUUUGUGGCCGAUGAAAAUAUCACAGUGGAUUGCUAUACGGGCACCUGGGGAGUGUCCACCCUGCCGGAUGUGAAUGGCGUUGAAAGGGAGCUCUAUUUGGACUUUGAUGAGAACAACAAUGGUCUGAUUCCAGUGCCCAAGCUGUACUUCCGCGUGAUCAUCGAUCGCGAGAGCAGAGCGGGCAUUGUGCUACUUGGAGUAAACAAUCCGCAUGCCAGCAUGGAGCAGAUCGAAAAGGAGUACAUUAUCUGCCAGGAUAUUGGCGCCCAACUGAGUUGGGUCAGUUGGACCAAAGAGGACCUAAACAAGGGCUAUUCAUAUGCCUGUACUGUGGAGGACUUUACUGCGGUAGUGAAAGACCUACCUUUAGAGGAUCUGCACGUCGAAGGAGUCCUUGGUGUCUAAGACUAGAUUGUGUG